AUGAGUGAGGCGUGGAUAACAUUGGCGACAAAUGAUAGUUAUGCGAUUGGUGCGUUGACAUUGGCGCAAUCGUUGAGAGAAGUUGGAAGCACCAAGAAAACGCAUUGUUUGGUGACAAAAGAGGUGGGUUUUUAAGAGAGCUUUGCGGGAGAGGGCUUUUCCAAAGUCAAUCAAUAAUUUGUGGUAUGUGGGGGGCUAAUCGGCUAGACAGCUUUAUAAAAACGUCUAACCGAUAAAAGGCCCUUUCACAAAAUUUCAGCCUUGUGAAAAUCUACAAUCGAUGAGAGUUUUCAUGUAAAUAUCACAUUGAAAAAAAAAUAAAAUUGAAAAAUUAAAAUGAAACGUGAACUCCGCUACGUGGCAGUCGUUUCAUUUUUACAUUAGGUGAUUUAUUUCUAUCACUUUUACUAAUUGCCAAGUUUCGUACGGUUGACAUGUUGUGAUUUUUUGGUUUCAUGGUUUCUACGAAAAUAAUCAAUUUUCUUAAAGAUCUCCCAAAAUGUUCGUCAACAACUCGAUGCACAAUUCGACGAAACAACAUUAGUCGACACGCACAAUUCACGUGACACUGAGAAUUUGGCACUUAUAAAUCGUCCUGAUUUGGGUGUCACAUUCACCAAAUUGCACUGCUGGCGUUUGACACAAUAUACGAAGGCCGUAUUUUUGGAUGCUGACACGUUGGUCGUUCAAAAUUGCGACGAAUUGUUUGAUCGUCCUGAUUUUUCGGCGGCCGCUGAUGUUGGAUGGCCAGAUAUGUUCAAUUCGGGAGUUUUUGUUUUCAAACCAUCACUUGAGACUUAUCGUAAGAUUUUGUUCCUGAAUAUUCAUCAAACCGAUCAUGUUAUUUUCUAGGUACACUUCUCGCUUUGGCCACUUCACAAGGCUCUUUCGAUGGAGGCGAUCAAGGACUUCUCAACGAUUUCUUUGCCAACUGGCAUAGUCUUCCAGCAGAACACCGUUUGCCAUUUAUCUAUAACAUGACUGCUGGCGCAUUUUACACUUAUCCAGCAGCUUUUCGAAGAUAUGGAGCCAACACGAAGAUUGUUCAUUUCAUCGGCGCCGAAAAACCGUGGCAUGGACAAGUUGGAGGAAUUCAUAAAAAUGAGCAUUAUCAAAAAUGGCAUGCGACUCAUCAAAAUCAACAAUUUGGUGGUUUGAACAUUUCCUCUCAACACUCAGCUCAUAGUUCUUCUUCUGUCACACCAAGUUAUAUCUCUGCAAAAACUAGUGAGCCAAUUGAAACCGGUCGUGAAGCUUGGGAAUCAGGACAUCCGGAUUAUUCAGGCCGUGAUGCUUUCGUUAACAUUCAAGCAGCUUUAAACGAAAGUCUUCAGAAAUAA